ACUGCUUUUCUGGAGCAGGAGACUGGGUUGAGCUCUUGAGAGUGUCUAAGCAGAUGGAGUGGCACCUCUGGUUGACCCAGCACUCUGGUCUACAGAACUCCAGCCCAGAGUGGUCUACAGGGCUGUGGACACCUUAGGGUCUCUGAUGCAGGAGAUGAAUCCCUCCCUCCACUGCUUGCUGAUGUUACUGGAUGGGAUAUGCCCUUCAAGCCCCCCUUGGGGGCCAUGUUUACAGCCAGGAGAAGGGAGUAGGCUGGAGCCACGGAGAAUCAAGAAGGGGCCCAGGAAUUAGCUCCCUUAAGGUGGAAGCUUGCCCUAUUUUUUAUGGAGCCUUUGGUGCACUGGCUAUUGGAAGCAGCCUACUGUUGAACACCACCCUUGAUUUGGUCAAUGCUACUGAACCAGAAGAGGCAAGCUUUGGAAAAAUCCAAGAUUGCUACAAUGAGGCGGGGCUUGUGUCCAAAGGCUUGGAUCUAAUUGUCCUGCUCUCCAUCACCGGCAGCAAAGAGUGUAUCACCCAAUCCCUGGACUCGCUGAAGGAGGAUAUUAAAUCAAGCAUUUCCAACUGAAUGCUUUGGGGAGAUGAAUCUUUGCCACUGGUGCCUGAUCUCAGCUGCAUCUUCCUGCCUUGUUCUACUUCUCCCUCGAAUCUGGAAUCCAGACACCUGUCCCCACCUGAUUCAGUCUUUAUUAGGCUAACUCUAAUAAAGCACCUGCAACUCA